CGAAGCGACGACGAUGCCCUUGUGAAGCUGUGCCAGGGGCUCCUGCUGGCCCGGAGCUGGGCUUCGGCCAUUCCUUCCCUCCCUCCCUCCUUCGGAGAUGACCCAGAGGCCCGUCCUGCCCGCCUCCUUACCCGGAACCCUGGCCAGCCAUGCCACGAUAGCCAGAUCCGACCACCAAAGAGGCAGGAGGGCUUUCCCAUGUGAGGCCAAGCGCCCGCUCCGCCCGGACUCCGUUUUGUUUUUGUAUUGAUAUUUCCAAGUUGUUUUGAUUCUUCUCGGCGUGCCUCGAUUGUUGUCGUUUUGUUUUGCUCCCCCCUUUCCUUUUUUUUUUUUUGAGUUUUGCCCAUGGCUUUUUUGAUGAAGAAGAAGAAGUUCAAGUUCCAGACCAGCUUCACUUUGGAGGAACUGACGGCCGUGCCUUUCGUCAACGGGGUCCUCUUCUGCAAAAUCCGGCUGCUGGAUGGAGGGGAUUUCGCCACCUUGUCCUCCAGGCCGCCGGGCAUAGGUACGUGGCGGCACCGUGGAGAAGCUUUGGUUCCAGUAGCGGAUCUUCUUCCAGAGGGUCUCCAGCUUCUUGCGGCAGCCGUACUCCGUGAAGAAGUCGAUGAUGCCCAGGAAGUAGCGGUACUCAGGCCCGUCGACCACGUGGAGCGGGUUGCGGGAGUUGGACAGCAUGCGCAGGUUCUGGUCCAUGUGGAUCGAGUCGUUGGUGAGGCUGGGGGCGCCCCAGGCGAUGCGGCUGGGCACUCCGAUGCCCCUGGGUUCGGAGGAGCCCCCAGCCUCCCCCUCAGAGCUGUCGCUGCUGUGCAGGACGUAGGGUGCCAGGAUGUCGCGCGUCAGCGUCUCGCUCUUCAGCGACGGCUCCAGGUCGACCUCCACGCUGGGCCGGUGCUUCAGGUACAGCCCCAGCAAGGUGUGCAGGGUGGUCUUGCUCUCCGGGGACAGCUUGUAGAACUGGUCGAGGCUGGAGACGGUCUGGUGGAUGAAGGACGACAGGGAGCUCUCCUCUUCGCCGUCCAGCGUCACCACGGAGGGGUUGCGCAGGCUCUGGUUGACCGACCUGUGGGAAGAGCCAGAUCUUCUGCAGAGCUUCCUGAUGGGCAAAAGCAACCGCUGUUAGGAAUGGUGGGAGUUGGAGUCCAAAACACCCGGAGGGCCAAAGUUUCUCCAUGCCUGGGUUACAGGCACUCUCUCUCUUAUGGGGCCUCCCUUCUCUCCGCAGGGCUGCCAGAGGAGCCGGACCAGAACCUGUCCAGUCCGGAGGAAGUCUUCCACUCGGGACACUCACGGAACUCCAGCUACGCCAGCCAGCAGUCCAAGAUCUCUGGUAACGGCUCGUCGCAUGCGCUUGCCAAAAGAACCCAAAGCUACAGCACCGAGCACUCGCGCUCCUCCAGCACCUCGGACCUGACGCACCGGCGCAACACGUCAACCAGCAGCAGCGCCUCAGGCGGCCUCAGCACAGCGGUGGAGGGUCCCGAGGGCGAGCGUGAGCCCCGACCAGAGAAGCCCCCACGCCCGCCCCGGCCCACCCUCCUCACAGAGAGACCCUCCAGGCGGAAGAAGGACUCGGUGGAGAGCCACCCCACCUGGGUGGACGACACCCGGAUCGACGCGGACGACAUCGUGGAGAAAAUCAUGCAGAGCCAGGACUUCACGGACGUCAGCAACACCGAAGAUAGUAACCUGAGGCUGUUUGUGAGCAGAGACGGGCGGACGACCCUCAGCGGGAUUCAGCUUGCAAACAGCUUUCUGACGUUUGAUUUCAGGCCAGAGUCUCAUCUGGAGUUUACGAGCCAGUGGUCAUCGAAACCCACUAAAAUGUGAACGCGGCGACGGGUGGACGCAGAGGCGACGGAUGGAUGCCGUUCGUUCCGUGGGCUUUUCCUGUCCUCCCUUCUUUAUUCCUUCCUUCCUCCCUUCCUCUCGAUCCACGUGCCCUUUGAGCCCUUUCUUCACACAACAUUCCAGGCAGGACUUCCUUCCUUCUCUCACUCCGAUGCUGCCGGGAGCAACACUCCGGGACUUUGGCACUUUCGGAGAGGCUUGGAGGCAGCGCUGAGACCGGGGCGGGCGCCUUCUCGUCGAAACAGAAAAUGUGGGCGGACUGUCGUCAGUGGGAUUCCCCACACCCACCCACCCACCCCGGUCCCGUCUCGCCCUCUCUUUGCUGUUGGGUUAAACCACUGUGAACACUCCCCUUCCUCCACUAGGCAAAACACCCUGUCACCCAGGCAGGGAGAAGCUUCAGCCCUCCGGGU